AUGUACUCUGAUACAAAAUCUGAUUCUCAGUCAAAGCACAGCGAGAAACUGGACACUACAGCCAAUUCAGCAGAUCAAGUCCAACCAAAGAAGAAGACGCAGGCAGAACUCGACAAAGAAUUACUUGCAAAGAUGCAGAGUUUAGAUGGUGACGGAGGCAGUGCUGGCGUUGAGUACGAAGACGGAAAACCUGUUUCAAUGAAGAGAAGUGUGAAGAACAACAUGUUUCGAUACAUUUAG